AUGACAGAUCAAUCAACCCCGCCUCUCCGUAUCGGCGUGGCUUUAUAUCCAGGAUUCCAGGCUCUGGAUGUAUUCGGCCCAUUGGACUGCCUAAACACCCUCUCGAAAUCAGAGAAUUUUACACUCGCUCUGAUUUCGUCAACUCUGGAGCCAGUCUCGACAUUUUUACCCGAAUUCCCUAAUUCAAUCGGCCAAAGCGUUGUGCCAACGCAUACCUAUGCGGCUGCACCGGAACUCGACGUCCUGCUCGUUCCCGGUGGGAUCGGUGCACGUGAGCUUAGCCCGUUGGUACAGGAAGUUGUCACGUUCAUUCGGGACGUCUAUCCGUCCCUCCAGUACUUGAUUACUGUCUGUACUGGAUCUGGACUUGCAGCGCGCGCUGGGGUUUUGGAUGGAAAGCGCGCGACGACGAAUAAGCGGGCAUGGGCUGAAACUACGGCUAUGGGUGAUUUGGUUACUUGGAAGCCGCAUGCGAGAUGGGUGAAUGAUGGAAAUAUCUGGACUUCUUCGGGUGUCAGUGCUGGGAUUGAUGUUACGCUUGCUUGGAUUGAGGCGGUUUUUGGCCCGGAGACGGCGAAGGAUAUUGCGGAUAGAAUAGAGUAUUCACGGUGGGAGGAUCCUGAUCUGGAUCCUUUUGCGGCACUCUACGGCCUGUGA